UACGACCGGACUUGUGGUUGUCGGUCAAUCACAGUUGCAGAUCACCUCUCUUGGUCAGGAGCUCAAGCCAUGCGUUUGUCGCACAGUAUCACGGACCAGACAUCUCUCACCUUGUCACUGCCAGAAACGCUUGCCACUCAUUCCUUUCUGAGAGCUGUGGUCUCUUACCCUACCUGCGUUGAAGCUCGGUACCUGGCCUGAUUGUCUAUUUAAACUCGCCAACGCCCUCGAAUCCUUCUCCCCUCCACACUCCUUCAAUCACGGAGCCUUCUAGUACACCUCUAUCGAUUCACUGCUUCUCUCUUGACCGAUUCAGUCCCGCUCUAUCCCGCCACGAGUUCGACCUCAGUCUCCGCGUUCGACGAUCAUCUGCAAGCACCAUGGCUGACAACGCUCACUUGAACCCCGCUGCUGGCGCGUUCGCCCCCGCCAAUGGCACUCAGGUGAGCUCCAUCUCUUUCCUCGAUCUCCAACUCAAGAUGGAGGACCUCGAACGCGAGCAAGCCUGCGCACGCACCGAGGCCUCUGACCUCAAGACUCUCUGCCUCACCCUCCGCACCGAGAUCAAGACCCUCAAGAAGGGUAGUUGGAACAUCACCGUGAGUCCCUUCCGGGACCAGUCCGACUCGCGGUUUGCGAAAGCGCUGGACGCUGUCAAGGAGAGGACCAAUGGUGGUGCUGUGUUGAUACAAGACGCGCUGUCCGGUUGUUGUACCAAUGCUAAUGUGAGUAAAAAGAAGUCCAACGGUGUGACCGUGCCUCCUCAUAAGCGCUCCCAGAACGGCUCCUCCACCACUUCAGUCCCUCCGCACCUUUGCAUGAAGACCAGCUCUGGCCUCGUCGCCAAGGCCCUUCACCAGCGCCAGGGAGACGCCAACGGGUCAGUUUGUCCCCGGCGGGUUUAUUGGUCAGGCAUUCAUAGAUACAGUGUCUCUGGUAAGAGCCCGCAGAUCAGUGUCUCCCCUGCCAGCGACCCUCUGGUGACAGACGGAAAUAUCGACACUCCUGAAACCGAUCUUAUCCGCCAGAAGGUCGCUGCCGCGUACCACCUCACUCCCCCGCCUUCACCCAAGUCCACCGACGCCCAGGUCAGCUCCGCAGUCCAGCAGCUCUCCAUCACAGAUGGCCCAUGGAAGCCGCACCCGAUUGCCGAGCUCCCCGACCUGCCGCCCUCCAUCACCUCCAAGAUCCCGUCCCCCAAAACAACGACCAGCUUCUCCGGCGACUUCCUCCGCAACCACCUCGGUGGCAACCUCUGGGGCCCAGGUCUGGUCUUUGUGCCACCCCCACAGACCUCCAUCCUCCCUGACCGCGUCUACUACACCGUGGACCCCACGUACGACCCGCACCUCCCUUCUGCUCCCGGCCAGCAUGGCGCCAAGCUCGUUCCCUUCUUCAACAUCAACCCGGAGGAUAGCCCAGUCUUCGACCUCCCGGAGACCUUCGACAGCGCGUCCAACGUCCCCAUGUUUGUGCUGCGCAGCGUGCCCGGUCCCGACGGCAAGCUCCGCAAGCGAUACGUGUACCACGGACACUACACGCAGUCCCGCUGGAGCGACAAGCUCGACCACGACCGCAUGGCGCAGUGCGCGCCGGCCUCGGUCCGCGAGUACUGGGCCGAGUGGCUGGCGAGCCCGGGGCGGCCCGGCUGGGUGACCAAGGCGCUGCAGAACCACUUUUUCCCUGCGCCGCCAUACCGCGGGGCGCUGCCUGCAGUUGCGGAGGACGAGGGCGGGUCCGUCGCGGACGAGGAGAUGGCCGCGCGCGAGGCGAAGGUUGUCCGCGACGUGAAGCGGUAUGUGGAGGCACUGCGGGCGUGGAAGAAGGACGCCGAUAUGAAGACGAAUCUCAUCAAGAAGGACUUUCUCCUCGAGGCGUUUGAUCAGGCUGAUGCCGACGAGCCCAAGGCGCUGCGCCUCUGGUGGGAGUACCUCGAGUGCGUGGACUGGCGUGCCGACUUCUACGAUACGCUCGUCACGCUGCAGAGUCGCAACCCCAACUACACUUGACGUGGAUACGCGGCUGCUGAGCAGACACGCUGCCGCCGUUCCCAACCGAAGUGCUUCGAUGUACGUCGAGCUGUCGAAUUAUACCCAGUAAAUUUGUGGGAAAGCUGGCGUUGACUGGGAUGCCCUUUUGUUUGCCUCAAACUUCUCAUUGUAAUCUAGCCUUUUGACUUGGGCAGCG